AAAGAUAGAAGGAAUGAAAACAAGAAAGAAAGAAAAGAAAUAAGGAAAGAAAGAAAGGAAAAAAGAAAGAAAGAAAUAAUGGCACGGUCAAGAGACACAUCUACAGUACCUCCCGACAGGGGUCUACACAGUAUUUCGGUAACGUCUCUUCACUUUCUCCCUCCUUCCCCUCUCCUUUCAAACUUCCUGGUCAGUGAAACUGAAGGCUGCGUUGCUUUGUCACGCGCGCCAGGAGUGAUGCGAGGGUGCGCGCUGAUUGGCUGAAUCCGAAACUUUUCCAGAUUGUCAUUGGCUGUCGGGGCUCUCGUGCACUGCGAUACGCAAAUAGGCUUGAUGUGGUGGCUGAAAGCGACCCCGUCACUGCCAGUGCAGCCAGGCUGAGUCGAGAAGGGGGUGUGUCGCAGGACCCAUAGGCAUUCACAGUUCCAAACUGGUUUUUAUUUUAUAAUGCUUUACCGAAAUACUCCGCUGUUCAUUGAAACAGUCUUCAUAGAGUCUUAAGUUUCUACUUUCAUUUCAACUAUUAUUAUAUUUUUCUUUUAAUUUUCACCGGUAAAAAGAAGAACUGUUCAGACUACCAAUGAAUUGCACCAGGGUCCUGCAGAUACUAAACCCCAGGCCGAUGCCAAGUCCAAUCAUGCCCGUCGACGUGGCCAUGCGGAUCUGCCUGGCACAGUCGCCGCCAGUGUGCAGCUUCCUGGGAUCCUACGAGGCGCGCAACCUCGUCAACCAGUACAAGCCGCUGCGCCCCUGCAUAAGCUCCAAGGCCGAGAUCGAAGCCGCCAACGUGGGCUGGAGGAGCCCCAAAGUCAAGCGCAAGAAGAGUGUGGUGUUUGCAGACACCAAGGGCAUGUCCCUGACCGCCAUCCACGUGUUCAAGGAAUUCGAAGAUGACCCCCUGGCGGACCUGCAGUUCGAGUUGUCCGACUUGGAGAAUGCCAUCGUGGGCCUGAGGGUGGAGAAAGAGAAGAGCCUGAUGUUGGACUUCGCCCAGCCAGCCGCAGACUACCUGGACUUCCGGAACCGACUAAAGAAGAACCUCGUCAGCCUGGAGAACUGCGUUCUCCAAGACAAGUCCCUCAGCGGCACCAUCAAAGUCAGCAACGUCAGCUUCGAGAAGUCGGUCAACGUCCGGAUAACGUACGACUCGUGGAAAACCUACACGGACGUUCCUUGUAUCUACAUGAAUAACGUGUACGGCUGUCUGGACAUUGAUACCUUCUCGUUUUACAUCGACCUGCCCAGCGUCAACAGUAGCGUGGAGUUUUGCAUCUGCUACAAGACCCUGGACCAGGAGCACUGGGACAACAACGACGGCAAGAACUACAAGCUGGUCCAAGCGGAGCACGAACAGGACCAGCACUCGUGCCCCAUCCAGGCGCCGGCGCAGGAGUUCAAGAGCAAGAAGGCCGAGAUGGAGUUCGAUCAGUUCGGGAGCCCGAGGACGUCCAGUGGUUUCUUUCCCGAGUGGCAGAGCUGGGGCCACAUCGAGAGCAGCACCCCCUACUGGUGAUCUGACGAAAUAAAAUUAAAAAUAAAAAAAAACUACCCCAACACGACUAACCCAAGAGAAACAAAGCCUCCUAUAGAUGAAGCCUGUGGAGAUCUGACCUUGGACCAAGCCUAGCGGAGAUAACAGGCUUAUUCCAAAACAGGAACCGCUGAUAGCCAUUGGCCGAAGCCAUUCAGUUCCCCGUCAACUUGAACUUUCAAUCACAGAUGCUAACAGCGAUGCUAACAGCUCGAACCCCCCCCCCCCCACAUCAGUUCCAAGAGAUGUACACAUUGUCUUCCUGCUUUGUCAACUGAAAAUAUAAUCAAGGGGGAUUGUUCCUGGGGAAAUGAACAGUAUUGCAAAUGUGGAUGAGAGGGAAAGUGACGGUUAGCGUUCGGAUGUUCCGGUCACACUAAUCCCAGUACAGAGUAGUCUGUGAGAUUAACCAAUGUGGCUCAUUGCCGUCGUCAUGUCAUCCGAUGUGGCAAGAUAAAAUGGAGCAGGAUGAAACUCAACUCGGGUUGGCUGAACAGGGUAAUGUUCAGCUGUAUUUCCUGACAAAUGGUUGUCCUUUUUUUGCAAGUAUCUCAUUUUUUUUGCUGUGCACUAAAAGCAUUCAUUAGAGUUUCAAAUUGAAGUGUUUUUUAUUUGUUUUAUUUUUAUUUUUUCCUUGUAACAUAAACGCCUUCCUUUUGCAAUUGUCUAUGAUUGUCAAAGUCAGUUCUAUGGAGGUUGAUGGCAUUACUUCAGCCCUGUAUUAAGUCAAGGCCUUUUUACAAAGACAAGAUCAGCUGCAGAAGUCAAAUUCGUCUCUGUUAGUUCUUGUAGUGCACACUGCUGAAUUGCAUAUGCUUCUCCAUGUUUCUUUUUUUCCAUUCUGCUGUCUUUUGUUUGCACAAGAAAAAAGGGGGAAUGUUCUCACAGAUCACUUUGAGUUUGAUUGUGAGGAUCUCACGCCAGCACUCUGAGUGCAAGGGAUCCUAAUUUAACCCCCCGACCCCCUACCCCCCUACCCCAAUCACCGAGAGAGACUAGUCAAGUUUGCACUGAUGCAGAACGAUGCCUUCUUUUUUCGAACGCCAGAAUGUGAAAGUGAAAGGAUUUUGGUACAGCAUGAAUUGUCGCUUCAUAUUGAAGUUUAUGUAUUUCUGUAUUCGUAUUCAUGGUACCACAUAAUUGAUCGCUUUCAGAGAGAAAGAGAUAUGCUUACCACGAUGGUAUAAGGGCCCUCUCCCUCUCCCUCUAUGCAGUGUACAGUCAACCAUUGGGUGUGAAAGACACACCUUUCUUUUGUACUUGAGCCAACUCUCCAAGUCCACUAACUUUAGUCAUGGCAUGGACACACAGUCCCUGUGCUCUCCCAAUGUCUGUCCCUAUUUUUUUUAUUUUGUUUGUUUGCUGCUGCUAAAGGUUUGGCUUUAGGGUUUGUGUGCUCUUGUCUCUGUAUUGUUUUUCAUGGUCCCAAUGGUAUGUGAAUCGUCUUCUUGUUAUAUGUGAAUAGAGGAAGCCUGGGGGGGCGGGGGAGGGUAUAGGGUAUUGCAAUAAGUGAGGGAUCGAGAAUGUAACUUAAAGGAAGUAUUUUGCACGUAAGGGAUGGGACGCCGAUGGGUGUCUGCAAUUUAUGGGAAUGGGGAGAAGGCAAAAAACUAGCCACUGCUUUUUUUCACAGGGCUUAUAUUUUUUCCCCUAUCAUUAGACGGAAAAUGGAAAAAUGUUCAGAGCGAAAAAGGUCGAUGACUUCUGGUUUUGGCGCAAAUAGCAAUGUGAGCCACAGAGAUUUAACAGUGAAGUGUUAUGGAUUGAAUGUAGGAGAACACACAGGCCUCAGUUGUGGUGCCUGCUAUACUGUUUGUAUAUGAGUCACUUUUUUUCUACUGCAAAGAAGGGUGUCUGUCAGAAAGAAUGGUUUUCUGUCUCAACUGUUCCUUUUAGAAAUAAAACGCUAAGUUUCUACUGAGAAA